AUGAACAUACGUGUACACCAAACUAGUCCUUCAGAGUCUGUCCACAAUGAAAGUGGAACUAUCCAAGCAAAAAGGGCCAUCCAGAGUGUGAGAAAGACCUGGAAACUUCAGGGCCAUGGGAGCCACGGUCACAGCCCCACGGGCAAGCACCAGAAGCACCCAGGAGGCCGGGAUAAUGCUGGUGGCGUACAUCACCACAGGAUCAAUGUCAACAAAUACCACCCAGGUUACUUUGAAAAAGUUGGUCUGAGGCAUUACCACUUAAAGAGAAACCAGAGCUUCUGCCCAACAGUCAACCUUGAUAAACUGUGGACCUUGGUCAGUGAGCAGACACAGGUAAAUGCUGCCCAAAAUAAGAUUGGAGCUGCUCCCAACAUUGAUGUGGUGCGAUCAGACUACUACAAAGUUUUGGGAAAGGGAAAGCUCCCCAAAUGGCCUGUCAUGGUGAAGAACAAAUUCUUCAGUAGAAGAGCUGAGGAGAAGAUUAAGGGUGUGGCUUGA